GCUUUUCAAUAUUUCAAACAAAGGAAGAGAAAAUCGGGUUGAGAGUGAAACCAGAAUGAUUGAAGAACGGCAAGGCGGAGCUCCCCACGGUGUUUUACUGGCGGUGGUCGUCGCCAUCGUCAUCGUUGGUCCCUUCCUCCUCGGCGACGGGGAGGCUCUUACCGAAGCCAUUUCCGACCUCCUCAGCCCGUUCGGCCUCCUCCUCCUUCCCAUCCUCCUCCUUCUCGCCAUCCAGUUCCUCUCCUCCGAUCGCGGCUCCUUCGUCUCCGCCAUCUUCUCCUCCGGCGAGCCUGACUCCAUCCACCGAGUCACUGGUUCCCCCGUCGGCGUCGCUCUCUUCCUCGUCCUCAUUCUCUUCCUCCUCUACAAUCGGAUUUCGAUCUUCGGCGGCGAUGAUGAUUCCGGCGACUGAACUCAGUACUUAGAUCUGUAUUUUCUAGGGUUUUAUUAUCAUUUAAAUUUCGUUUUGCCUGAGAUGUUUCUGUGUACUGUGUAAAGCUUGAUGAACACUCUGUAAUUUACAUGAAUGCCCCUGAGAGGCAGGGCUCUGUGACUGGUGGGAUGAAAUAUUGAAAUGUCGAAAUUGCCCUUCAUGGCUUCUUGCUUUUGUUGCU